AUUCAUUGUGCUAAGGCCUAAUACAUAUCAACAAAAUGUCUGUCUGAAUCUAAAUAUAAUCGAUAUAAUCUAAUAUUUGAACUGUCUUGUAUUAUUAUUACAUUCUAAUAAAAUAAAAUGGCUGAGAAGAACAAAUCUUUAAGUCAUGUAAAACAUAUUCCCAAAGAUGCUCAAGUUAUUAUGUCCAUUAUGAAGGAUAUGGGUAUAGUGGAAUAUGAGCCUAGAGUUAUAAAUCAACUCCUUGAAUUUACUUAUCGCUAUGUUACUUGUAUACUCGACGACAGUAGAAUCUAUGCAAAUCAUGCAAAAAAGAAGUUUAUAGAUUUAGAUGAUGUUCGAUUAGCAGUGAAAAUGCAAUUGGAACGGAGUUUCACUAAUCCACCACCUCGAGAUGUAUUGCUGGAUGUGGCACGCUUAAAAAAUAAUGUUCCUUUACCAUUUGUAAAGCCAAAUAAUGGCCUACGAUUGCCACCAGAUAGAUAUUGCUUAAAUGUUACUAACUACAAAUUGAAGAAUACUUCCAAGAAGACAAUUGUUAAAUCUUUAAGUGCCAUGGGAAAUAAUAGUGCUGGUGGGCAGGCAAGAAUGAAAUUAGAUAAUAAUAAAGCAAGCCUCUCGGUAGUUAAAAGGCCAGGAACGCUUUCUACUGUUGCAAGAACGCAAACUAUUUCUGUACCUAAACCUGUCUUUAAAUUUUCAGCUGGAACAUCAGCACCGACGAUGAAAACACCAAUUAUAAAGUCUCAAAUGCAGCAAACGCCUGGACAAGCUUUGUCUGUGGUAAAAUUAAAAACUGAGUCAGAUUCAAUUAAAAGAAAGAGGGAAGAAGAUGAUUAUGAUGUACCUUAAAAUGCAUCUGAUUCAAUUUGGUAAACAGCUGAUGUGGAUAUUAUGAAGUUAUUUCUCAAGUUCAUCUGGUUAUAUCUUCUAUUAUUUAUAUGUCAAUUUCAUUUGUUCUCGAAUUCAGUGAGUCGAUUUUACUUAUUUAAGGGAAAGUUUGUUUUAUUUCACAAAUUUUUUAUUCAUCUACUGGUUUACUUCAAAGUUUAUUGUCAAAUGUGAGCAAUUUAGUUAAUAUAUUAUUUUGUAUUGAUGAAGUUGUAAUAUUGAAAGUAUCAAAUAAUAUAAAUUGAUGAGUCUUUUUCUAUAUAUUA